AUGCAGGUGCCCGAUGGUGUCGUAGAUUCAACCCCCUUGGCUCAAUCUCCCAGAUCUAAUUCUGGAUCGGGAAUCACUGUUGCUCCUGUGAACGCGGUCGCAACUGCGGAUCCAGAACCAACUCUCACGAGGGUAGUGGCUGAGGAAGUCACAGCAAAACCAAUGGUGAAGGCUACGAAUGAAGCUAACUCACAUUAG